AUGAGUAGCGUGGACGGUGUCAUCAUCGCGACAGUGGCGCUGUUUGCCAUUGCGCUGCUAGCCGCUAUUGUCUUUUACGUGCUCGGCCUGUGUAUGGUGUUGCGAGGCAAUGGUCUCGGCUGGACGAACAUUCUGGGUAUUACACUGGUGCUCUUCUGCCUAUUAAAUGUCUUGACGACAAGCAUUCAGCUGGCGCAAGAGUACCUACCGUACAGCUACGACGACGACGAGCUGGUUCGCGCGACGACAUAUGGCUCCAUGGUAGCCAGCUUUCUCACCUAUGUGUUUGAGAUUCUUCUCUUCUGUGCCAUUGUCUGCUCCUCGGCUAAAUUUGGAUCCAAGUCGGGUCAUGGCGGCAAAGGGCUGCGCAUUUAUGCGUUUGUGUUUACGGGCAUUCUGUUGGUACUUGCACUGGCCAAUUUUGGUUUGGGCGUGUCGCUGGCCGUCAAGAUUGAGCAGAAUAGAAAUGUGCGAAAUCGCCUAUCGUCUGCGGCCGCAAUUUCCAUCACGAGGAUGUCGAUUGCCCGGGUCCGACUAAACUUUUCGCUGCUUGUGCUGACGCUGGCGGCGGCGGUUUCAGCGGCGGGCACGGGCAUUGGACUCUUGGCCAAGAGAAUUGCCCACAAAUCGAUUGCCGUAUUGCUCUUUGUUAGCAGCGUGUUGCUGGUGACUGCCGCCGCCACGAACCUGGGCAUCAGUGUGAGUCAGGUAGAUCCGGUCCGCGGAUACAGGCUGCGCUAUAGUGCUACUCCGAUAGAGGUGCUUAUCUUCUUGUCGAUGAUUUUCGGCACCUGGACGCUCGUUGCCGGCUAUGCAACGUAUGUGAUGGCGUGCAGAGCAGCCAGUCGAUUCAGUCGCGGUCAUGUUAGUGAUGGUGUGGGAACUAUCCACAAGACAUCGCAGUAUGCAUAG